AUAUGAAAAAACCAACUCAUUACUUGCAGAGCAAGAGAAUACAAUGUCUAAGCCGGACCAUCUUCAAAAUUCAAAUCCUAAUUUGUUAAAUACCCAACUCAAAACCCUUAUCACGUUUAACCGUUUUCCUCCUCUUUUGCCGGGAAACCGUUAUUUUCUCUUCUCUCACCGCCGUUUCUGAUGGUUAAACGUGCCCAAACUCAGUCUCAAACGGAAAUUCAACCACCUUCUCCUCCCGAAUCAACGGAAAUGGCCACCGUUAAUGUUUCUAAAAAAUCCCCAAACUUUUCCAAAAUUCCAUUCCGGGCCAGAAAAGUCCGAAAACUCUCUUCCAAGUCCCCAAUCGGCGAAGUCUCCGUCUCUGUCUUGGACUCCUCCAAAUCAGUCGCGAUCUCCAUCAGUGAAACCCCACCAUUGAAACUCUCCACUGUUUUGCCCAAAACCCUUAAACCCUUAACUUCGAAACCCGAAAUCGAGCUCGCUCUCGACUAUUUGCGGAGCUCCGACCCGCUUCUGGCGACCCUGAUCGAUUCCCACCCGGCUCCGGAAUUCAAAUCCGAUAGCUUACCGUUCCAGUCUCUGUCGAGAAGCAUUAUCUACCAGCAACUCGCUUCCAAAGCGGCGAACUCGAUCUAUGCCCGCUUCGUCACGCUCUGCGGCGGCGAGUCGCUAGUCCAUCCCGACUCAGUGAGUUCGCUCUCGGCUCAGAAACUCCGGCAAGUUGGUGUCUCCGGGAGAAAAGCGAGUUACCUUCAUGAUCUGGCGGAGAAGUUCAGUAAUGGGUGUUUGUCAGAUUCGUCGAUUCUUGCGAUGGACGACGAGUCUCUGCUUACGAUGCUGACAAUGGUGAAAGGAAUUGGGGCUUGGACAGUUCACAUGUUUAUGAUAUUUUCUCUACACAGACCGGACGUGCUUCCGGUGGGUGAUCUUGGUGUGAGGAAAGGGGUUCAACGCUUGUAUGGGUUGAAAGAGUUGCCUCGGCCAUUGGAGAUGGAGAAAUUAUGUGAGAAAUGGAAGCCUUAUAGGACUGUUGGGGCUUGGUAUAUGUGGAGGCUUAUGGAUCCCCCCAAACCCAAGGCUGAGGAAAUCUCAUCAACAAGCUAAUUCAUCUUUCAUUUCAGGUUAUACUUCUGGGGGACCUUAGCUUGGAAAUCAACAAGGUUGCCUGUUGCAGGGCCCCCUUCACAUCUGCCCAUUUGACUUCGAUCAUUGAUUGAUUGAAAUCCCAUUUACAUGUAUCGUCAUCAUGGACAAUUCAUCGUUUAUUGUUUAUCUGAUUCGGGUUUUGAGUUUACUGGCGUACUGGCGUGAUUAACAUUUCUUUCGUCAAUGUUAAAAGAGUGUUGUUAUUUGGCUGUUUAAGGUGUACAACACCAUAUGAAUAGUACUUUAUAAUUGUUAGCGAUACCUCGUGAUACUUAUUAAAUUCUAAUGUGUUAGAUUCCA